AAGAAAGAAUCGGCAAAUUGCAAAGAGGAGUUAGCUUGAGACUUGAGAGCACCAACGCCAUCCCCUCUUCAGCUUUCCCCGACUUAUUCCACCCCAGAGAAUCCAAGCUUUUACCGACUCAAUCCCCUCGCCUCUCUCUACUGAUUCUCCCGAAUUUCGAUUCCACCUGAUCCAGAGGAAGUAAACUUCCAUGGCGAACAGCAAUCUUCCUCGGAGGAUUAUCAAGGAGACGCAGCGGCUCCUCAGCGAACCAGCUCCAGGAAUUAGUGCUUCUCCUUCGGAAGAUAACAUGCGUUACUUCAAUGUUAUGAUUCUUGGCCCAACACAAUCACCUUAUGAAGGUGGUGUCUUCAAGUUGGAAUUGUUUUUACCUGAGGAAUACCCUAUGGCGCCUCCCAAGCUUGGAAGGAUUUGCCUUGAUAUUCUGAAAGAUAAAUGGAGCCCUGCUCUCCAAAUUCGGACGGUUCUGUUGAGCAUCCAAGCUCUCUUGAGUGCUCCGAAUCCUGAUGAUCCGCUGUCUGAGAACAUUGCAAAGCACUGGAAGACAAACGAGGUUGAAGCUGUUGAAACAGGUACCGGUAGUGACUGCAUGUAGUUUUCUACUUUCGUUCUGGUAGUGUCCAUUUAUGCUGAAGCGCUUUCCAAGUUUGAGUUCGCCAGCGGAAACAGCCCUGGGGGAAACAGCCUAGAUAACAUUUCUUAACAUAGGUUUGAGCAAGAACCUGGAAUGCCCCCUAGCCGAGAUAUUGUGUUAAUGAAGCGUGUAGUGAGCGGAACUAAAUUGGAUCUCCUUAGCUGUUAUCCAUAGUAAACUCGAACAUUUUACUUCCUUUCUCACUGUGUACCGCUGUGGAACUGUUUUACAGCUAAAGAGUGGGCCCGUUUGUAUGCAAGUGGAGCAUGACGAGGAAAGGGAGCUUGAGCUAUCCUGAUGGCUUUGCUAUUACUACAUUUGGUUGAGUGAAUUUGGAAUGUAGUCUGUUGGUACCUAAAUUGGAAAAUGGGAUGCUUAAAAUGUAUGCACUGAACACCAUCAGAUACAUGAAUCCUUUUAGACUCUCAUGUCCCAGAAUCGUAACAGUACUGUGUUUUUAGUAUACUGGGCAGCCUUUGAGACCUUUAUCAUGGCAUCAUCAAAGGUUAUUACGAUGAUGUCCGCUUCACUUGUGAUGCCUCUCAAUCUUGCUAGUCUUGUUUCAAUGACAGUUUGUUGCCUUCUAUGUUACUACUCUUUCAAGCCCGCCACUAGGAACAAUACAGAACACUAUUGGAGGAUCCUGGUUGCUCAACUCAAU